AUGGCCACCGAAGGAGGAUUAACCAGCAGCAGCAGCAGCAGGAGGGAGUACAACGGCAAGAUCACCCCCUUCGUCGCACUCUCCUGCAUGAUGGCCGCCAUGGGAGGCGUCAUCUUCGGCUACGACAUCGGAAUCUCAGGCGGAGUCACUUCCAUGGAGCCCUUCCUCGAAAAAUUCUUCCACCAAGUCUACACCAAGAUGAAACAGGACACCGAGGUCAGCAACUACUGCAAAUUCGACAGCCAGCUCCUCACCUCCUUCACUUCCUCCCUCUACGUCGCCGGCCUCGUCGCCUCCUUCUUUGCCUCCUGGCUCACCAAAUCCCGCGGCCGGAAGCCUUCCAUCCUCCUCGGCGGCGGCGCCUUCCUCGCCGGAGCCGCCCUCGGCGGCGCCGCCUCCAACGUCUACAUGCUCAUCUUCGGCCGCGUCCUCCUCGGCGUCGGCGUCGGAUUCGCCAACCAGGCCGUCCCUCUCUACCUCUCAGAGAUGGCGCCGCCGAGGUACAGGGGAGCAAUCAACAAUGGAUUCCAGCUCAGCGUCGGGAUCGGAGUACUCGCCGCGAAUCUCAUCAAUUUCGGCACCGAGAAGAUCAGAUCCGGAUACGGAUGGCGGAUCUCGCUGUCGAUGGCGGCGGUUCCCGCGGCGAUUCUCACCGUCGGAGCGAUUUUCCUCCCGGAAACCCCCAGCAGUCUAAUUCAGCUCACAAACGACAAAGACAGAGCAAGGAGGCUGCUACAGAGAGUCAGGGGAACUUCGGAGGUCCAAUCGGAGCUAGCGGAUCUGAUCGAAGCGAGCGAGCUAUCGAAAUCAAUUGAUCAUAACCCGUUCAGGAAGAUUCUGGAAGCCAAUUACCGGCCCCAGCUGGUGAUGGCGGUCGCGAUUCCGUUCUUCCAGCAGGUCACCGGAAUCAACGUCAUCGCCUUCUACGCUCCCCUGCUCUUCCGGACGAUCGGGAUGGGGGAGAGCGCCUCUCUGAUGUCGGCGAUCCUCACCGGCGCCGUCGGGAUUGCGACGACAUUCUUGUCGAUGGUGAUUGUCGAUCGAGUCGGGAGGAGGCCUCUGUUUUUGGUCGGCGGGGUGCUGAUGCUCGUGUCGCAGGUGCUGGUGGGAGCGAUUAUGGCGGCGGAGCUAGGGGACCACGGCGGGAUCGGGAAGAGGUACGCGGUGGCGGUGAUAGUGCUGAUAGGUUUCUACGUCGCCGGGUUUGGGGUGUCGUGGGGGCCGUUGGGGUGGUUGGUUCCCAGCGAGAUUUUCCCCCUGGAGAUUCGGUCGGCGGGGCAGAGCAUUGUGGUGGCGGUGAGCUUUCUGUUUACUUUCGUGGUGGCGCAGACGUUUUUGUCGAUGCUGUGCCAUUUGAAGGCCGGGAUUUUCUUCUUCUUUGGCGGGUGGGUGGUGGUGAUGACGGUGUUCGUGUAUCUGUUGUUGCCGGAGACGAAAGGUUUGCCGAUUGAGAAGAUGGGCGACGUGUGGAGAGAGCAUUGGUUCUGGAACAGAGUAGUGGUGGUUGGCGGCCCCGGGGUUGGUGAGCAUUUACCCGCCAAAUUUGGAGAGGGAGGCAGUCAAAGCUCCGUCGUUGACUUGUGA